AUGCACUCGACCGUCGUCAGAGCGAUCUCCGUGAGGCCGGCGGCUCGCAUCGCGGCCGCGCGCGCGCCAAAGCCCAGCGCGCGCCCCCCUGCUGGACCUCACUUUUCGCGCGGGGCGAGGAACACCAAUGACGUGUUUCUCCAGAAGGGGACCCACCGCUCGCGGCUGGUCGCGUCGCGAGCCGAGAAGCGGAGCGACGGCGCGGGUGAGGCGGACGCGGAAAAGCCAAAGAAGGCAUCCGAGGACGUCGCCAAGGACGAAGACGACGAGAUGAAGGCGGAGGCUGGCGCCGGGGAUGCGGAGAGGCCCGACGACGUGGUCGGGGACGUGGAGAAGGCGCCCGCGCUCGACGACGACGUCGCCCCCGCGCUCGAGGGCGACUGGCGCGACUUCCGCGCCAUGCUCAUCUCCCAGGAGAAGGGGAAGGACGAGCUCGUGGACGACGACGAGAUCGCCGCCGCGUCCGGGCCGAACCUCGAGCUCCUCCGGAAACAGAAUCCCAAGCUCGCAAAGGACAAGCCUUGGGCGCACCGAAUCGGCGCGCCGGAGAAGGGAUGCCUCCUCCUCGCCGCCGCCGACGAGUUCACCUUGGGCCAGCAGUACUUCCACCAGGCGGUCAUCCUGCUCUUGGAGCACCACGACAAGGGAUCCAUGGGCGUCAUCCUGAACAGACCCACCCAGUACAACAUGGGCUACGUCUCCGGUCAGUCGGACGGGCCCUUUGCGGAAAACGCCCUCUACUUUGGCGGAGACGUCGGCGACGGCACCGUCUCCUUCCUACACGGCAGCGAUAAGGUUCAGGGUAGCGCGGAGGUGCUGCCCGGGGUGUACCUCGGCGGGUACGACAGCGCGUGCGAGCUGGUGAAGAAGGAGGAGGUUGACGCCAACGAGUUUAAGUUUUUCGCCAGGUACUGCGGGUGGGCGCCCGGUCAGCUCAAGCGCGAGUGCGAGCGGGGGGUGUGGUACCCCGUGGCGUGCUCCAAGCAGCUGGCGCUGAAGCAGGUGAUUCAGCUGCCCAAGCCGCUGUGGAGGGAGAUAUUGGAGCUGUGCGGCGGCGAGCUCAAAUCCGCCGCGGCGAGAGCCUACGGAGAGGAGGACGACGCGAAAUGA